AUGUGGGCUCCUGGCGGAGCCUUACACGCUCUCUUAAACUCGGCCGCGCCGGGUGUAGACGGUUUCCCCCCUUCCGCCAUCGCCGCCGCAGCGGCGGCUGCAGCGUUGCUGCCGGUGGAAGCUGUGGAGAUCUCGACGACGCGUCGCACGGCGCUGCACAUGUCGUCGCUGCGACCGCUGGCGACGUUUCCACUGGUGGACAAGCAGACGGGGCAGCUGUCGUGGAAGAUCGUAGGCAUCGCAAGCGAUCAUCCGCUUGCUUCCGCCGCUGUAGACGCGUGUGCGAAGCUAGGAAAGGCCAUAUGGAACCCUAAUAGUGCGCGCAAGGGCGGAGGGGAAACGAGCGUCGGGGCGCCGCCAGGAAAGAGUAAGCGGGGGGGAAGUUGGGACAGCAAGGAAUUGGCGCGGGAUCAAGCUUUGGCUACCGUCGCUGGUUUAGUAUCGCGCUGGUUGGUCGACGCUUAUGAUCUUCUCGCGGCACUCAAUAACGAACCAACGGGCGUGGUGGCCGGCGCCGAGGGCGCGGAGCAGCGGCGACGGUGGCAGGUGGGGGAGCGCGCGGUGUUCGGAGUGGCGGAGAACGCGCACGUGACGUGGCAAGGCAUGAUGCAGCAACCACCGCCGGGGCAGGGGGCAACAGGCGCGCGGGAGUUUGCGCCAACGCUGGUGGCUCAAGGGCUAGUGGCGCAAGGCGUGCAGUGGACAGGGCCGGAGGCACAGGCGCAGGCGCAAGGGCAGGCGCAAGCGCCAUGGGCGCAAGCGGAAGGGGAGCGCUGGUGGGGAGAUGGAACAUAUGGGAUGGGCGGGGAAGCGGAUGUAUGGUCUCAAGGGGGCAGUGGAGGGUGCAUGACUCCUUCUGGCGUUACAUUCACUGGUUUCACAACCCCUAGAGGUCUAGUGGUAAGCGGCUCAGAUGCUGCUUGCGGCACCCCCUCUUUUGUACAACUGCUGCUGCUGCAGCAGCAACAGCAGCUGCAGCAAAUGAUGACGGUGGCGAUGACACAAGGGAGUGACGAUGGGCGGGAUGAGGGAAUUGAGGAGGAGGGAGAGGGGGAAGGCGAGCGGGAGGAGAUGGUAAGGCGUAAGACAGGGGAGAAGGUGAAAGAGAAAGGGAAGGUGAGAGAGGACAGGGAAAGGGAAAAAGGAAAGGAGAGAGGCAAGGAGAGGGACAUGAGUAGAGUGCGCAGGGUGGGUGAGCGGGCGAUCAAGGCAACGACGAAGACUAAGGAAAAGGAAAAGCGUAAGGAGGGAGAAGAGAGGGAGGGAGAUAGGAGGAAGAGCAAAGAGAAAGAGAGGGGUCAUGGUCAUGGGCAGGUGCAUGGGCAUGCGGAGGGGCAUGGGCAUGGGCACGGGCACGGGCACGGCCAUGCGCGCUCUCAGAGUGGGGAUGGUAGCAUCGGCAGCGGCGGCGGCGGCAGUGGCGGUGGUGGUGCGGUUGAGGAGAUGCAGAGGGCGCUUCAAGCGAGGUACGCUGCUGCUUUAGGGAGGCAGCAAGCAGCAGCGCAGGAGGGGCAGCGAGGCUUUAUGACACCAGAGCAGCAGCAGCAGCAGCAGCAGCAGCAGGCAGCGUUAAUGAUGAAUUUGAUGCAAGGAUUCCACUCAGGACCUCUGCCCUUCCGCCCUUUCACUCCGGAUCCCUUGCUGCUGCAGCACCAGGAGCAGCAGCAGCAGGCGCUGAAUCAGAUUCACAGGCGCAGCAGCAGCAGCGGCGGGGUGGAUGGGGGCUAUAUUGCUGGCAAUGCGAGUCCGAAUGUGAGUGUGUCUGGGAACGUUGUCGAUUGCAAUAACAACAACAAGGACAGCGGCAGUAGCAGCAGUGGCGCUGGCAGAUUCAGGAGCAGGACGAUUGGUGGGCCGACAGCAGUGUCGGUUGGAGAAAGAGGGUGGGGGAGUAUGCAUGGGAGCAUGCAACAAAGGGCGUCUGCUGAGAGCAUUGCGAUGGGAGCUCGUGCUGCUGCUGCUGCUGGCGGUGGUUGUGGUGCGGUUGCCGGUUUCGGAAGGGAGCAGGAGCGGUGGGAGGUGGACGAGGAGGGAGCGCAGCAGUGGCACGAGCAGCAGCAGCAGCAGCAGCAGCAGCAGCAGCAGCAGCAGCAGCAGCAGCAGCAGCAGCAGCAGCAGCAGCAGCAGCAGCAGCAGCAGCAGCAACAGCAGAGUCAGCGAGGAAGAGUUCCUGUGUUCCCCACGUCAGCAUCCACGUCAUCGUCUCGACGGGCCAGAGGUGUGAAAGCGCUCUCUGCUGCCAUGGCUCACACACGAGCAGCAGCAGCAACAGGGGGAGAAACAUCAGUGAUAGCGUGCAGAGGGAAGGGGGCAGGGGCAGGGGGAGAGACAGGGAGAGGGGGAAGGAUAGGGAUGAUGAUGCGGAGUGCUACAACAGGGGGGAGUGUGGGCGCACGGGACGAGAGCGAGGGGAGGCGUGCAGUAGAGGAAAGCAUGGGGCGAGUGAGGGUGCUGAGGGGAGUGGGGGGCGGCCGGGGGGAGGGGCAGGGACCGGGCAGGAUGGGUGUUAUUGUGGGAGUGGGAGGAGGAGAGGAGGGGGAAAUGGAGGAGGAGGAGGAGGAGGAGGAGGAGGAGGAGGAGGAGGAGGAGGAGGAGGAGGAGGAGGAGGAGGAGGAGGAGGAGGAGGUGGUGGAGGAGGGGGAGGAGGAGGAGGAGGAGGGAGAGGAGGAGGGCGAGGAGGAGGGGGAGGAGGAGGAAGUUAGGCUUAGAGAGGGGAUGGUGCAUGCAAGGCCAUCUCAUGUAGGUGCAGGGAUGGUGUUCCCUUACAGUGCUUCUGCGUCAGCAGCAGCAGCAGUACCAGGUGCUUCUGCUGUGGUUGGAAACCCACGCUUUCCUUCUUCUGUUGGCUUGUUUCCCUCCUCCGCAUCCACCUCGUCCUCCAUUGCUCCUUCUGUGCGAGGUGCUUCAGCCUCUGUGCCGCCUGUUGUGUUGCCAACAGCAGCAGUGGGCGUGAGCCAGGGACAGCAGCAGCAGCAGCAGCAGCAGCAGCAGCAGCAGCAGCAACAGCUGCAGAAGAAGAAGAAACAUCAGCAGCAGCAAAGCGCAGUUGAAUCUUGUGCUCGCAGCGUCAACCACAGCCCCCAUGCAGCCAUACCAAAGCAGAGAAGGAAAUCGUCAUCUUCCUCUGGAGGCUCAAGCUCAACCUUCGGCUCUUCUGGUGCAGCUGCUGGUUCUGCAAAAGAUAGACUUUCAGGCACAGCCCGGGGGGCUGGCUUUGCCAAUGCUGCCGCUCGCGCUGCUGCCGCCGCUGGUGGUGGUGGCGGUGGUGGUGGUGGUGGUGGUGGUGGUGGUGGUGGUGGUGGUGGUGGUGGUGGUGGUGGUGGUGGUGGUGGUGGUGGUGGUGGUGGUGGUGGUGGUGGUGGUGGUGGUGGUGGUGGUGGUGGUGGUGGUGGUGGUGGUGGUGGUGGUGGUGGUGGUGGUGGUGGUGGUGGUGGUGGUGGUGGUGGUGGUGGUGGUGGUGGUGGUGGUGGUGGUGGUGGUGGUGGUGGCGGUGGUGGUGUUCUGAUGCAUGGCCGUAGCGCCACUGUUGGGUGCCUCCCCACCCAGCUCGUCCCAAAUUCUCCAUCCUCUCUCGCCCCCCAUCCCGGCACCACACCUUCUUCCCCCUGCUCUCUAUAUGCCAUGCCACCUUUCUUUCAGAACCACCAUCACCAGCAGCAGCAGCAGCAGCAGCAGGGUGUGAGUGAGCAAUCAGAGCAGCAGAGGAUGCUGCGCCAGGGUGUGAUGUCAGGGCCAGUGGGGGAAGCUUAUUGGCAGCUCGUUCUUGCAUCCUCCGAACCAGGCUCCUUGCCUCAAUCGCAAAUCCCGCAAAAUCCUCUGCAGCAGCAGCAGCAGCAGCACCAAUCCGACUACAUAUCCGUUCCGCAUUUCUUCAGUGGUCCCAUCCCUCGGCGUGCCGCCACCGACACUCCCACACGUCCUCGCCCCUCUGUCACCACCACCACGCCUCCUGUGCCUACCAGCCGGUCUAUAGAGUCACCGCACUGGCAGAAUGGCACCAGCAAGCAGCAUGUGUCCUCACAGCAGCAGCCUCUUAUGGGGCUGAGAGAGCAGCAGCAGCAACAGCAGCAGCAGCAGCAGCAGCAGCAGUAUGAGGAGGGAGGGAAGUCAGCUAGUGCUACAGCAACGGAAGCAGCUGCUGCUGCUGCUGAAGCAGGGAUGUCACCAGGAGUCCUGGUUGCAGGGGCGGUCGGAACAGGAGUGAAUGGGUCACCCGUUUCUUCUAACUUGAGCCGUAGCUCCUCCCCCCUUGUAGGGCACAUGAGGCGCAGUCAUACCACCAGUGAGUGCAGACCAGGCGGUAAGGCAAAAGGGGAGGAGGAGUGGGAAGAAGCGGAGGGAGAGGAGGAAAAGCAGCAGAAGCGGCGGGUGACUUGGGGGAAGGCGUGCGUGAGAGAGAUUCCUGGGAGAGUAGCAGUGAAGGGUGGUGGGAUGAGGAGGAAGGGCGAGGAGGAGAGAGGGAACGAGAAGAUGGGUGUUGCUGGGAAGAGUGGGGAUAGUGAGGGAGUGAAGGGAAGGGAAGAGAGAAAGGGUAAGGCGAAAGGGAGCAGGGAGAGUGAGGGACAAGCAGUGGUGGAGAAAGGUGCAGAGGCCAAGGGUUCUAAACAGACAAGGAAAAAAGAGGCCGAUAGGAACGGGAAGGGGAAGGAGGGGAGUGAGGAUGUAGAUAAAGAGAACACUAGCCGAAAAUUCCUGCAAGACCCUAUUCAGGAUAGGGGUACAGACAAAUAUGAGGACCGAUUGCGGGGUAAGGAGAAAUCGUGCAAAGUGGGUGAGUCAAGCCAAAGUAAGGAAAGCAAAGUCAAGGGAAGCAAGAGCAAGGAGGGUAAGGGCAAGGAGGGCAGGAGUGUGAGUCCAUUCAAGUGGAUGGGGGGGAAGAAUGGCAGCAGGAGCGAGGGGAAUGAGGACGGUGAGACAAGCAGGGUGGAAAGCAGGGAUGGUGAGCGGAAUGAGCGGAAGAUGAGCCCUGCGUUGACGAGAAAGGGAAGCAGGAAAGACAGGCUGAGGCAGAGCCGUAGCCAUGGGGGUGAUACUGAUUGCGGUGAUGGUGUUGCUGAUGCUAAUGGUUAUGGCGAUGCUGGUGCUGGUGGCGGUGGUGGUGGUGGUGGUGGUGGUUAUGCUGAUGGCGAUGGUGGGGUUGGUCGUUCUGGGAUGCCCGGCAGUGCUGGUCGUGUUGGUGGCAAGGGGUUGGCCAAGGGGCAGAGGCGCAUGUCUUGGGAUGGCAUUGGCCCGUAUGCUGAUGUGGGUGAGAGUGUGGACAGCCCAGGACAGGCCAAGGGGAGGGUGAAAGGAGAGAGGAAAGGAGGGGCUCACAGGAAGAGUCGUGUGGGAGAGGAUGGUAGGGAGGUGGAUGUGCAUGUGGGGGGAGAGAAAGGGAUGGUUGGGGGGGAUGGUGGGAAGUGGGAGGAAGAGCUAGAAGGCGAGGAGAGUGGAGGGAAGGAGGUGGGGAUGGUGUUGGAUGGGAGGAGGAGUAAAGUGCAAGGUAUGUGGGCAAGGGAGAGAUCUAGAGGUGGAAGUAUGAGAGAGAGUGGGAGGGGUGGGAGGGAGGAGGAUUAUGAUAGAGAGGGGCAGCAAGGGGCUAAGGGUGGAAACGGAGUGAAGCGAGAGGAGAAGCAUAAGGGCUUUGCUUUGCAUAUACCCAGGCCGGGGACGCCUAAUAUCCUCCAAACGGCACUCCGGCUCUUGACAUGA